UCUCAGAAAACGUGACUUUAGAGAUAAUAUAAAAGGGAAGUGGGCCAGAGGGUGAGACUGAGAGUCAAUCAGAGAGCCAAGAUGCGUUGCUUUAUGCCUCGGAGGAACAGCAAGGCCGAGACGGCAGCGGUGGUGGAGAGACGCCAAGCCAGUCAAAGUCAGCAAGUCAGCAGAGAUGACAGGAGAGAUGGGGAGGCAGGAGCUCAGCAGGGCUCUAAUUAUCAACUCAGCAGGAUCAUGCGGCCAGACGACGCCAACAUUGUGGGCAACGUCCACGGCGGCAUCAUCCUCAAGAUGAUUGAGGAGGCUGGAUGCAUCGUUGGCACACGACACUGCAACACACAGAACGGGGACCGCUGUUUGGCAGCUCUGGUUCGGGUGGAGAAGACAGAGUUCCUGUUUCCUGUGUUCAUCGGCGAGGUCGCUCACGUCACCGCUGAGAUCACUUACACCUCUAAGCACUCACUGGAGGUGCAGGUCAAAGUCGUGGCUGAGAACAUCCUCACAGGUGCCAAGAAGCUGGCCAACAAGGCAGCGCUGUGGUACGUCCCCUGCUCUCUGCAGAAUGUCGACAAGGUCAUGGAUGUGCCACCCCUCAAGUAUACUAGUGAAGAACAAGAGGAGCAGGGCAGAAAGCGCUACGAGGCUCAGAAGAUGGAGAGACUGGAGACCAAAGCGAGGAUUGAAGAGGUGGUGCCACCUCCACCUAACUUAGAACAACACACAGUUGGCUUUAGCCAGUCCAGUCUGAUCCAUUUAGUGGGCCCUUCUGACUGCACACUGCACAACUACGUUCAUGGAGGUGUGACCAUGAAGCUAAUGGAUGAGGUCGCUGGCAUUGUGGCAGCUCGCCACUGCAACACCAACAUUGUCACUGCCUCUGUGGAUGCCAUUAACUUCCAUCGCAAGAUCUACAAAGGCUGUGUGGUGACGGUGACGGGGCGUCUUACAUUCGUCAGUAACAAGUCUAUGGAAAUUGAAGUGUUGGUAGAUGCGUCCUCGCUGAUAGAGACAGGUGUAGAGAAGUAUCGCGCCGUCUCUGCCUUCUUCACCUUCAUCUCCCUGGACAAAGAUAAUAAGCCUCUGCCUGUCCCCCCUCUUAAGAUUGAGGGAGAGGAGGAGCAAAGACGCUUUGAGGAGGGCAAAGCUCGUUACCUCCAGAACAAAGCAAAAAGACUCGCAGAUAAGGAGCGCCAGCAGUGAUGCCGUUGCUCACCAGAGUUCAACGUCUGCAACAACAGUAUAUCAGCCCCACACAACACAUACAGUAUGAAGGAAAACAAACCCUUCUCUCCUGUUCUGUAAUUGUAGCCUCCUAUUAAACCUGAACCUGUGAUGAUUUUUUUCCCGUGCUUUGCACCAAAGUGUCCACAUGUGGCUGUAUAUGUAUUUAAAGUAAAAUAGUUUAUUUUGGGUUUAUUUUUGAUUGAUGUAUGAAGACUAUUGAUGAUCACUGUCAGUGCAAAGUGACAGUCUGACUGUAGAAGCACUAUUUUAUUCUAAGAAGAUUUUUAAGUAUGAAGACUUCAUGAUCGGUGUCAGUGCACAGUGAUAGUCUGAGCGCAAGGAAAAUGAUGAAUAAGUGAGUGAAUAAUAAUGAAUAAAAGAUCCAAGCGUGA